CCCCUCGGGACUGAUUCGUCCGUCUAUUUUGACUUCUUUCGACUUGAGGACGACCUUAGCGUCCCCGGGUUCCUUUCGAGUGUUGCCCAGUUACAAGGCAGCGACAGGGAGUUCUAAUAUACAGAAACGCCUGCAUAGAUGGCCAAGGACCGGACGACAUCUGAACAAGGUUAACGCUUGAGUAACCGUUUUUUAACGCCAGCACCCUUCUUUCUUGUCGAACAUAGAGGUGAUCCUCUGUGUGUCUGACCAUGACAACACAGACAUGGACAUCCCUUGUCCGGAGAGACACCAAAGGGCCUUUGAGCACCGGGGCUAUCGUCGGCAUAGCUGUCGGGGCGGCGGCGCUGUUCUUGGCCAGUGCUGCUCUAUUUGUCCUUUACUAUCGACGACAACGACGCUAUGAUGCCGAAGACAGCGAGUAUUAUCAGUAUGCCAACUCUGUUCAACGGGGCCAGCACCACAUGGGGAGGACAUUCGGGCCAGUUCCUCGCCGAGCUCCAACCUACACUUUGGAUUACAAGAUGGACAAACAGGGAGGUACAGGGCACUCAACUCCCGCCCAGUUCUCAGCAGACCCCCGGACCCAAAACCCAGAGUCACCUCCACUAGACGACAUGGCAAGCGCAAUGCCGACCCAUCCAGCAUAUCUUCCCAAGGCAGUGGUUCGGGGGACAAUACUCAAACCCAUCACUCGUCGACCCUCCGAAGACAACAGCAACCCGGUGUACUGUCCUUCAACCACAGACGGCAACAGCAUGCCACUGCAAGCCUAUCGCGGCUCUUCAUCCACUGCCACCGCCACCGUAACAGGAGGAAGUAGGGAGAACGAUGCGAGGGUGACGGGAAGCAAAGAAAAGCAGACCUUUCCCUCUCCACCGGGAUCCGGGGGAACAGGCGCGACCACCUUCUACGACGACGAGAACUACUACGCAGCGGAUCCGGAGAAGGACGCCAAAGGCCAGCGUAGUCUCUUCGCCGCACGUCGUCUCGCCUCAGCAGACCAAGAGGACGAUGAAGACAGCCAUUACCAUGAACAGCAACAGCAACAAUCCCAAGGAUAUCACCAACAACGACAACAACAACAACAACAACAACCGCAUCAACCACAACAAUCUCCCGUGGCCCUCCCCACCCCCGCCUCUGUCGCCUCCUCCUCCUCCCGCACCACCCGAAGCGGUCUCGUGCCCACCAUUUCCCUCCCCAUCAAAAACAACAAAAAGAAGAAAUUCCCUCCUCCCCAACUCAAUCUCCACCAACAGCAGCACAACAGCAGCAGCCACAACUCUCCCAACAACCCCAACCAAACCACCGGGAGCGGCAGCAACCUGAGCGGUGGAAAGAGCAGUGGUGGUCUCAUGGUAGACAUGGUAAUGUCCACCAGCAACCACCGCCCGCUGAGCGGGAUGGAGGAUAUGUCUAUUAGUGGACCACUGGCGUUUCCUCAAUAUUCUCAUCAGCAGUAUCAUCAGCAACAGCAGCAGCAUGGGGGGUACUAUGUGGAUGAGUAUGGGAAUCCAGUUCUGGCACCGGGAAGUGGAGGAGGGAGGAGUAAGGGGGGUAGAGAUCGAUCGAGGAGUUUUGGUGGUGAUCAUCAAGGACUGGGACACGGAGGAGAAAGUGGAAGACGGGAGAAGAGACAUAGUGGGAAUAAUGGGAGGCAUUAUGAGGAGGUGGAGAUUGGGAGGGAGAGUGAUAUCUGGUGAUUUGUCUGGUAUUUUGGUGAUCUGAUGAUGAGUAAGGGUUGGUACUCAAGAUUGUCGACCGGGAAGACCACUUUCGAUUCGUUGUAUAUUCAUUUGGAUCUUACUGUUGGUUUGGUGUAUAGGAAACGGCGCUCUUCACGGAGGGACUUUCGUUGUGGAAAGAUACGAUGAUUACCUUCUGGCUCCCGAGUAGGCGGGUUUCCUCCUGGGACGUGGAGUUUACUGCGUGUGGAAUGUGGACGGGGUUUGCUGUACUUGAAUUCAUGAUCCAUCUAUAGCAAUGUUACCAACAGAUGUCGGGAUAAACAGAACAUGCAACGAUAUAUCAGAUUAUCAUUGCUAUCUGGAUCGAUCUACCCAUUCUGUCCGUGCCCUCCACCACAUAUCCGCAUGAUUUCAAACUCUUCUCAUGCGAAACCACUUUCAAUCACCACCCAGACGAUGACCUGAACCCCGAGUCCUCCACGAAUCCGGGAGCACCGAGCCGGUGGAGGCACCUGUAGUACGACCUGUAGACGGAGCGCCAGAACCGGGACGGAUGGCAGUGCCGUACUCGCGGCGGAACACUCGCGGCGUCUCGACAAAACGAGACAGAAGAGCGGGUGUCGGUAGCAGGCUCGAACCGCCGCCGAAUUCGGGCCACAGACGGGUCAUAAAGUCAUGCCAGUGAGCAGCAAGAAUACCGGUGAUCUGAAGAGGGAUCACCGCGGGGUUCAUGAGCAGCGACGAGAGGAGCAUGCAAUACGGAAUCAGCUGCGC